AUGCGCUUCGAGAAACGGAGGCAACGUGAAGAUGAGACGAUAGACAAGUUUCUAGACGAUUUGAAGAUGCCGAUUGGGCGUAGCCAACCAGAUGAGUCGAACAGAAGGAUGAACCUGGCAGUAGCCUCAAAAUUCAUCGAUGGUAUGAAGAAUGAUGAGCUUCGAACAAUGUUAGCGACACAUUACACACCACUCUCAACCACUGCGCCAACGCCAGAGGAGUUGAGACUCAAGUCAAAAGAAUACCUUUUGCUGAAGCCUCCAUCGAGAUCUGGAUAUUACAAAACCAAUUAUGGCAAUUUUAACAAUGGACCAGCAAACCAAGGAAACAACUGGUACAAACCAAGGACCUACGUCACAACAGAUAGCGACAAAAUGGGGCAGAUCUAUUUGGGACAGGAAGAACUCAAGGUCUGCAGAAUUGGCCAUGACCCCAUGAUGGAGCAUGACGCGGUACACAUUGGAUACAAAGCAGAUGUGACUGCACAUCUGCUCGACAAAACGGGAAGAAAAACGGAGUCACAGGGCUUCUGGACACAGGAGCGGAAGAAUGGCGUGAUGCCGGAUCCGCAAGCAGUAGAGGCUGUGUUGAUAUGGAAGGCUCCCAGAACGGACACACAACUCAUGAGCUUCCUAGGAUUCGCCAAUUAUUACCGUGAGUUCAUAAAAGGAUAUGCAUACAAGGUUUAUCCAAUGCAGAAGCUGAUGCGCAACAAAGAAAAGAAGUUCGAAUGGAACGAUGAAGCGCAAGCUGCCUUUGAGAUCAUAAAGCGGGAACUAUGCGAAAGGCCAGUGGUAGGCAUGCCAACAGAGAAGGGCAAAUGGACAGUAAGAUUAGACGACUACUACAUGAUAAUCGAGCACAGGAUGCGUGAUAAACACCAGAAUGCUGACAACCUCAGCAAGAAGACCAAGUUCUAUGCAAGAUUGGAAUAG